AUGUCUUCCAUCCGCUUCCUGUGCCAGCGCUGCGACCAGGCCCUGAAGCUGAGCUGCUCCUCGGAGUCCGGGGCCCUCCCUGCAGCCCCGGCGCUCACCUCCGGGCAGGCUGAGCCCAGAGACGCCCAGGAGCCCGGCGCCACCAGGGAGGUGACAGGCGCUGAAGAGCAGCAGGAUGGUGCCUCCGGCCCACCCCUUCCAGGGGAUGGCUGUGUGUCCAACCACAGUACCGGCAUCUUCACCCUGCUGGGUAGGCUUGGCGCCAUGCGGACGCUCGGCAGCAUCCAGAAGGCAGCUGGUGACAUUUUUGACAUCGUCUCUGGCCAAGAAGAUGUGGACCAUCCCCUGUGUGAAGAGUGCACCGACAGUCUUCUAGAACAGCUGGACUUCCAGCUCGCUCUCACCGAAGCGGAGAGUCAGAACUACCAGCGCUGCCUGGAGAGCGGCGAGCUGGCGACCAGCGAGGAGGAGACGGAGGCUCUGCGGGCGGAGCUGCGGGACCUGGAGCUGCAGGAGGCCAGGCUGGCCCAAGAGCUGGAGGAUGUGGAUAGCGACCAUGCGAGAACAGCCGCAGACCUCGAGGCAGCCCAGGCAGAGGCUGCGGAGCUGGGCCAGCAGGAGAGGCAGGACUACAGGGACUGCAGUGCCUUGGAGUGUCAGCAGCUGGAACUGCUUGACCAGCUGGGGCACCUGGAGAACCAGCUGCAGUAUGCCAGGGUCCAGCUCGACCAGCUGGAGGAAAUCAACUGCUUCAAUGCCACAUUUGAGAUCUGGGCGGAGGGCCCCGUGGGCGUCAUCAAUAACUUCAGGUUGGGCUGCCUCCCCACUGUCCCUGUGAGCUGGAAAGAGAUUAAUGCUGCCUGGGGACAGGCGGCUUUGCUGCUCCUUGCCCUGGCCAAUACAGUUGGACUGGAGUUUCGGAGGUAUCGACUCAUGCCCUGCGGAAGCCAUUCCUAUCUGAAGUCUUUGACAGAUGACCGCACGGAGCUGCCCUUGUUCUGCCACGGGGGGCAGGAUGUUUUCUUCAAUAACAAGUUUGACCGCGCCAUGGUGGCCUUCCUGGACCUCAUGCAGCAGUUCAAGGAUGAGGCUGAGAAGGGUGAGUCGGGCCUCUGUCUGCCCUACGGGAUCCAGGUGGAGAACGGCCUGACGGAAGACACUGGCGGCCUCGGGAAAUGCUAUUCCAUCAGAACCCAUUUGAACACGCAGGAGCUGUGGACAAAGGCGCUCAAGUUCAUGCUCAUAAAUUUCAAGCGGAGUCUCACCUGGGUUGCCUCAAGGUAUCAUCAAAAGUAG